GCUGGCUGCUACUGAACCGCUUGGCUCUUUUCUCUACUAGCGAGCAAACCUACAUCCUAGACCCAACUGUACAUCCAGCUCAUUUUUAAGGGGAUUUAUCACUGUAUGUGCCCGUGUAUCCAAAACACACCGGUCAUUGGGGAUUCCCAGCACCGGCUGGCCGGGUCUGAAGCCCGUUAUAACGCUUUUUUCGAGGUUUAAUCAGAGCUAGAAAAACAGCGGUGGUGGAGGAGGAGAUUCCAUAUUAGGAGCACAGAGGAGAAGAAGACACCCCCCCUUGUGUGAUUUGGAGCUUUCGGUUUUGGCUCAUGGUACAAGGCCCUGACUGAAAAAAACGGUGGUGCAUACAGACUUACUACUGUGGCUAGGUGAGUGUGUGCAGACCUCAUGGUGUAACAGGAGUAAAGAUGAGCAUUAGCAGUGAUGAGGUCAACUUCCUGGUCUACAGAUACCUACAGGAGUCAGGGUUUUCCCACUCAGCAUUUACCUUCGGUAUCGAGAGUCAUAUUAGUCAGUCCAACAUAAAUGGCGCUCUGGUUCCCCCUGCUGCCCUCAUCAGCAUCAUCCAGAAGGGCCUGCAGUACGUGGAGGCUGAAGUCAGCAUCAAUGAGGAUGGCACGUUAUUCGACGGCCGGCCCAUCGAGUCCCUGUCUCUGAUUGACGCGGUGAUGCCAGAUGUCGUUCAGACACGGCAGCAGGCUUACCGGGAUAAGAUGGCACAGCAGCAGGCCGCGGCGUCAGCACCAGCGUCGGCCACCGGGGGCAGCAUUGCCGGCAACGCCAAGAACGGAGAGAAUACUGCCAACGGGGAGGAGAACGGAGCCCAUGCCUUAGCAAACAACCACGCAGACCUGAUGGAGGUGGAUGGAGACGUGGAGAUCCCCCAGAACAAGGCCAUGGUCUUGAGGGGCCAUGAGUCAGAGGUCUUUAUCUGUGCCUGGAACCCUGUGAGCGAUUUACUGGCAUCAGGGUCUGGUGAUUCGACGGCUCGUAUCUGGAACCUAAGUGAGAACAGUACCAGCAGCUCCACACAGCUGGUCCUGAGGCACUGCAUACGAGAGGGAGGACAGGACGUCCCCAGCAACAAAGACGUCACCUCACUAGACUGGAAUAGCGAGGGCACGCUGUUAGCGACGGGCUCCUACGACGGCUUCGCCAGAAUAUGGACGAAAGAUGGUAACCUGGCCAGUACUCUCGGGCAACACAAAGGUCCCAUCUUUGCCCUCAAGUGGAAUAAAAAAGGCAAUUUUAUCCUGAGUGCGGGUGUAGACAAGACAACAAUCAUAUGGGAUGCCCAUACAGGAGAAGCCAAGCAACAGUUUCCCUUCCAUUCAGCUCCAGCACUAGACGUGGAUUGGCAGAGCAACAAUACAUUUGCCUCCUGUAGUACAGACAUGUGCAUCCACGUCUGUAAGCUUGGACAGGACCGACCCAUUAAAACAUUCCAGGGACACACAAAUGAAGUAAAUGCAAUCAAGUGGGAUCCCACAGGGAACCUGCUAGCCUCCUGCUCGGACGACAUGACGUUGAAGAUCUGGAGUAUGAAACAGGACACGUGUGUCCAUGACCUGCAGGCCCACAGCAAAGAAAUCUACACCAUCAAAUGGAGUCCCACCGGUCCUGGAACCAACAACCCCAGUGCUAACCUCAUGCUAGCCAGUGCAUCGUUUGACUCCACGGUCCGUCUCUGGGAUGUGGAUCGAGGCAUCUGCAUCCACACGCUGACCAAACACCAGGAGCCCGUCUACAGUGUGGCCUUCAGCCCCGACGGGCGACAUCUGGCCAGCGGCUCCUUCGACAAAUGUGUGCACAUCUGGAAUACACAGACGGGAGCUUUAGUCCACAGUUACAGAGGGACGGGGGGAAUCUUUGAGGUCUGCUGGAAUGCAGCGGGGGACAAAGUGGGAGCCAGCGCGUCAGACGGAUCCGUGUGUGUAUUAGACCUUCGGAAAUAGUGCUGCUGUUUGUUGGAAGCCAUGGACCGACCAUGAAUGUGUACAUAGCCAAAUGACUGUCCCUGUCUGCCCUGCGUACUGCUCUCGCUUACGACUACGGCCCCGCCCACCGACAGACAGGAAGCAGGAAACAGGAACAGGAAACAAGCACCGACACAGCAGGUCCAGACACGGGGAUGAACGGACGGACGAACAGACACACGGACGGACGGACGGAUAAACGGGCAGAUGGAAGCGCCCCCUUUCUGUCUGUGCAGACUCUCUGAGAGAUGCAGAAGGGACGCCGCGAAAAAAGAAAAAACUGAUAGACAAAAAAAAAAAAAAGUUACAGAUCCGUAUAUGUACCAAAAUUUGGAAGCUGUUUUUUGCUUUUUUGAUCUUUAAACCAUGCUCAUUGUCAUCAAAAUGAAAAACAAUGAAAAACGUGUUGAUCUUUGUUACUAGUCGGAUCUCGUUGUGCGGACAUAUCAACUUCUCCACCACAAAAUAGGAUGGCACUUAGUUUUUUUUAAAUUUCAGAUCUUUUGUUUCAAUGUUUUUAUAUUUUUUAUCUCUGGGGGAGGGGGAGGGGGAGGGGGGCUGGUCAGGUCCGAGGUUUACGAGUGGAGAAGUUCACACACACACACACACAAAUCCAACACCUAACAGUUCUGCUAAACGGCGUCCUCAUCACGAAGCCUCUUUUCCCCUCCGCUGUAUUUCAGUUGGGAUUUCCACCUGUUGAGUUAACUGCUGUUGUGGUUCAUACGAGGUCGUCUCCAGACAACACGACAAUAAUGAUGUACAUCUAGAUGCUUUAAAACCUUUGUGCACUAUCUGAUCUGGAGGCUUUCGCCCACAAUUCUGCUCUCUGGACUCUUUCACCCAGUGUUCAUUUGUCUGCUUAUGAAUAUUAAAUAGGCAAGAAUCUCGACUGUUCCCUCCACUUCUCAGCUCAGACUGCAUACUGUACAGUAGUAUACCAGCAAAAAAAAAAUACAGACAAUAAAAAAUACAAUCUGAGAAAUUUCUAAUUGGAUUGACCCUUAAAUGUGUAAAAAAAAAAAAAAUCCAAACACACAGCUCCUUUUCGGAUGCGGUGAAAGAGCUCAACGUCCCGUCACCAGUCCAACGUUGUAGAGGCAGGUUUUAAACCUCAGAGGGCCGAGCCAAAGAAACACACGGGUUAAAAUGUUGCUGCGUCUAAAAGGAAAGCGGAACGUCCUCUGUCCUAAUCUGUAAAGAAUUAACGUGCAAAACCAAAAACAGCAGCUAAAUGUUGUGGCUGUUGUAGUGUUUCUGUUCUGGCCUAAAUGGAAAAGAGCAGCUUUUAAAGACGGCGAAGCUGCGUUCAAGAUCAGCACCUCUUUCUCUUUUUGGACUCUCAUGCAGCUCCCUCAUAUUUCGCCAUCGCUGACAGAUGGAGCUGAGUGUAAUUUUCAUCUCUGAAUGACGUGAAUCUUCGUGGGAUUGUCAGAAGGAAGGAAGGAAGGGAACACGUUCUCUGUUUCAUUCUUCAGAGGAGCUGUUAAAAGCCUAAGAGGUUUCGUUUGGUGCAGGGCUCGGCCUUUAAAAUCGAUUUGUCCGACAGUAAUGUUUAGAUUCCCGGCUCACAAUUCAAAAACAUUGCAUCUAAAAAUGCCGUUCACAUUUACCAGCUCAUCUUUGAAAACCACGAUUCCUUGGCUCCGCCCUCUUAGAUUGAACUCAAACUAAUGUCGUGAAAAGAACGUCCCUGGGAAAUAUUUUUAUAACCAAAACUAGAUUUUUUUAACUAUUUUUUAAUAACACGGCCACAAAUUUGUCUGGCAGGGAGUGGAGGGCUUCAGUGCGACUCUGGAGGUUUUUUGUUUCAGUUUUUUGGUUGUUUUUUUCUUUUUUUUUUAACAGGAAGAGAAAGAGACAACACGUUCUCUGUGUUGCGCCCUCGUCUGAUCGGAUAUUAAAAGGUACAUGUGCGCCUGCGGGGCCCUCUAGAGGCGCUGGAGGUCGAAAGCAGCCACGCGGCGCCUUUCACGUGGCGAAAGGUCAAAUGUAAAGUCUUCUCCCCUCAACGUGACCGUCUUGGUGAAUUAAAUCCGUGAAACAUGAGCUGCAUUGUCGGUGUAUUUUAAUUCAUCUGCCCUCUCGCCUCCAUUCUCGGUUCUCCACCUCUAAAAAUCCCGCUCACGUUUAUUCCGAAGGUCCCUGACGAGACGUUUUAUACUCUUGUAAAGACAAAUUUAAAGUUACAUUUUUGUAAUUUCUUUGUAGAUCUGAAAAAAACAAAAAAAAAACAAAAAAUGUGAAUCGAUGAUUUAUUGGCAGUGUUAAUUUCUAUGCUUGGUAAAUUUUAAACAUUUUGUUUUGUUACUUUGAUGCAAAUAGUAAAGGUUGACCCUGUAAUGUAAAGCUCACCGAGCUGAGCUGUCAUUCUGAAGGCACCUUGUCUGGGGGGGGGAAGGGGGAGGGAGGGAGGGGCGUCCACCCCUGGAGCAAAUUACCACUAAAUUUGUCUUAUGUUUCAAUAAAGAAAUGUUUUAAUUUUUAUUUUUUUUUAUUUUGCUUGAAUCUCUCUGGAUUGAAAGGGAGCGAAAUCUCCCGACUCCUCAAACUCCUCUCAAGAUUGUAAUUUUCUUUUUCAAUUGAGCCAAGAACUUUUCAGCCCCCUCUUUUUUCACAGCUGAUGUUGGGAGUCAUACAGAUGUUUUUGUGAAGGAAGUUGCUCUGGAAGCAGGUUGAAUCUCAUUGGUUGAGUAUGGAUUUAUAUUUUUGCCGUAACUUAGCUGAGUGUGCAUUUUCAAAGAACAAGUAGUAAAAAACAAAAAGUAUUUUAAAGACAAAUCUCUGCUCAAUAACCGUUAUUAUAAGCACACAUUAGUUAAGUGAAACCCUUGAGCACUUACAGGUUUGUCUGCACAUUUGGCAGCGUGUUGGUGUGCUUCAAUUAGACCAGAUGGGGAUUUAUUUUUUAAUUUCUGCCUCGAUCUGACGCGAGAUCACUCAUAAAAACUUAAAACGUGUGUGAAAAGUGUCCAGUCUCUCAGCUGGGACGGCUGUAACUCCAUACUCCGGUUAAAUCUCAGAGGCCUGAACCAAAGACCUGAUUCUCUCUGGUGACAUGAGACUAAAGAGAAAAGCUUAAUUUAAGAAUCUCCUUCCAGAAUCGGAUUGGCCACAAACAAAUGACUCGAUUUGGUGUUUCAAGUCUGCGCACGCCGUGUUCUAAGCUUUAGUUUGGCUUCACUCUGAGGUUUAAUUAAACCGAAACCUGCCUCCACGAGCGCCCCUGCUUCUGAGAAACGUUUGUACAACUGCAGAUGAUAUUUGCCCUGUAAUAAAUUGGACGUUUCUACUACUGGACUAAGAGGUUUCAUGUGUUCCUAUUUAGAGUCCUGUGUUAAUACAAAUAUCUCACACGGGCCAAGUCCAUGAUGAUGAUGAUGAUGAUGUGUCCACGCCAUGGUCUUGGUCUGUGCCACAGUUUGUCUGGGUGAACGUGGCCGAAGUCGCCGAGUCAGCCUUUGUCUCGGCGAGGGGCUGACGUUCUGUUUUUUUUUUUUUUUUUUUGGUUGUUUUUUCUGUUUUGUUUAUUUUUUCUUUGCAGCUUGCAUCACGUCCAUCUGUCAUCAUUCAAGUCAGAUCAGUGAAACUCAAGUCCAGAAUAAAAUAUAUUUUGAUAAGA